CAGGGGAGUGAGCCCCACGUCCACCGCACGCCGCAGCUCCCAUCUCCUUCUCUCUGCCCUGCACCCUGCCUGCAGGCUGGCACCUGUCCCGCUGGUGUCCCACCCCCAUGGGCCACCCCCCGGAAUGAGUGUCGACGCUGAGCAGCUGCCCCUCUGGGCUGCCUCCGAGGUGCCCCCCAACACCAGCGCAGCCUCGGCAGAGGCUGGCCGGCUGCAGGGGCUGUCGGCGUGGGGUGGCAGGGCAGGCGAGAUCGCCGGCAUGGUGGUGAUCCAGUGCAUCUACGCCCUGGUGUGCCUGCUGGGGCUGCUGGGCAACUCGCUGGUGAUCUUCGUCAUCCUGCGUUACGCCAAGAUGAAGACGGCCACCAACAUCUACCUGCUCAACCUGGCCAUUGCUGAUGAGCUCUUCAUGCUCAGCAUCCCCUUCGUGGCCACCUCGGCCGCCCUGCACCAUUGGCCCUUUGGCCGGGUGCUGUGCCGCACCGUGCUGGGUGUGGACGGGCUCAACAUGUUCACCAGCGUCUUCUGCCUGACAGUGCUCAGCCUGGACCGCUACAUCGCCGUGGUGCACCCGUUGCGGGCGGCCACCUACCGCCGCCCACGGGUGGCCAAGAUGGUCAACGGGGGCGUGUGGCUCCUCUCCUUGCUGGUGGCCUCGCCCAUCCCCAUCUUCGCAGGCACAGCGACCACCCGCGACGGCCAGGCGGUGGCCUGCAACCUCCUGUGGCCAAGCCCGGCCUGGUCAGCUGCUUUCGUGGUCUACACCACCCUGCUGGGCUUCCUGCUGCCGGUGCUGGCCAUGGGGCUGUGCUACCUGCUGAUCGUGGGCAAGAUGCGGGCGGUAGCACAGCGGGUGGGCUGGCAGCAGCGGCGGCGCUCCGAGGGCAAGCUGACACGCCUGGUGCUGACGGUGGUGGCCAUGUUUGUGGUCUGCUGGAUGCCUUUCUAUGUGGUGCAGCUGGUGAACCUGCUGCUGCCUGGCCGCCUGGAUGCCACGGUCAACAAUGCCUCCCUCAUCCUCAGCUACUCCAACAGCUGUGCCAACCCCAUCCUCUACGGCUUCCUCUCAGAAAACUUCCGGCACUCCUUCCAUGGCGUGCUGCGCCGCUGCCUCGAUGCCAGCCUCUGCUGCUGUCACACCAAGGCGGGGGUCGCCGAGGAGGAGGAGGAGGAGGAAGAGCCCCUCGACUACUGCGCCGUGCCCCGGGGUAACGACAAGGGCAAGGGCUGCAUGUGCCCACCGCUGCCCUGCCAGCAGGAGCCCGCACACCCUGAGCCCUGCUGCAAGCCUGGCACCCUCCUGGCCAAGACCACCACCUUCUAG